GUUGCACUUACCAUAGUUGUACUUUCAGGGUCUGACAUGGCUCACCUGAUGACAAUGCAGUUGCUUCUGAUGAUAUGGGUGGCUGAAUGUACACAGUACAGAGCUGCUCGGGCCAGGACUGAACUUCUCAAUGUCUGCAUGGAUGCCAAGCACCACAAAGAAAAGCCAGGCCCUGAGGACAAUUUACACCAGCAGUGCAGUCCCUGGAAGAAGAAUUCCUGCUGUUCCACGAACACAAGCCAAGAAGCGCACAAGGACAUUUCCUACCUGUACAAGUUCAACUGGAACCACUGUGGAACUAUGACACCGGAAUGCAAGCGACACUUCAUCCAAGACACCUGCCUCUAUGAGUGCUCCCCUAACUUGGGACCCUGGAUCCAGCAGGUGGACCAGAGCUGGCGAAAAGAGCGAAUCCUCGAUGUUCCCCUGUGCAAGGAGGACUGCCAGCAGUGGUGGGAGGAUUGCCGCUCCUCUUUUACCUGCAAGAGCAACUGGCACGUGGGGUGGAACUGGACCUCGGGGUAUAACCAGUGUCCCGUGGGAGCCUCCUGCCGUCCCUUCGUCUUUUACUUCCCUACCCCUGCCGCUCUGUGUGAGGAAGUCUGGAGCCACUCCUACAAGCUCAGCAACUACAGCCGAGGGAGCGGCCGCUGCAUCCAGAUGUGGUUCGAUCCCGCCCAAGGCAACCCCAAUGAGGAGGUGGCGAGGUUCUACGCCGAGGCUAUGAGUGGAGCUGGGCUUCACGGGGCCUGGCUGCUACUGUGCAGCCUGUCUUCAAUGCUGCUUUGGGUGUUUCAGCUGAGUUCCUUUUACCUUCUGAUGCCUGGCACUCCCUGGCUGGCUUAGGCUCCCAGAUCCCAGACUUCUUUGGGCCCGGGCUCUGACAGCCU